UUUCCUCUUUGCCUUUCAUCCACAUCUCCUACAUACAUACGCGCAACCCAUCUGAUCCGCUUUACGUACGACGACAAAGACGACGACAGCCUCGCGAUUGCGCGCCUACUUCUCUCAGCUAGAUAACCCAUCCCCGACGAUCGAUAGACGCCUGUUUGUUCUAGCUCCCCGCCCGACACAACACUUCCAGCCUUCAAAAUGAUGGGCUGGUGGUCCAGCUCGGCCAACACGGCCUUGGACGAGCAAAUCGAGAAAGCCACAGGCAGCAGCUUGGAGGAUAUCGCCCUGAAUCUCGAAAUCUCUGAUGUCAUCAGAUCAAAGACCGUUCAGCCCAAGGAGGCCAUGCGCUCCUUGAAGAGGCGCAUCGGCAACAAGAACCCUAAUACCCAGUUGAGCGCACUGAAUCUCACCGACACGUGUGUAAAGAAUGGAGGCACUCACUUCCUCGCCGAAAUCGCCUCGAGGGAGUUCAUGGACAACCUGACCUCUCUACUCCAAGCUGUCGGACCCGCCGCUGUCAACCACGAAGUCAAGCAGAAGAUCCUCGAGCUGAUACAAUCUUGGGCCGCCGCCACCGAAGGGCGUCUUGAACUGGGAUACAUUGGAGAGGUCUACAAGACAUUGCAGCGGGAAGGUCACAAUUUUCCUCCCAGAAUCAGCGUCUCCAGCAGCAUGAUCGACAGCAGCGCGCCCCCCGAGUGGGUAGAUUCAGACGUCUGCAUGCGAUGCCGAACCGCCUUUACCUUCACGAACCGAAAGCAUCACUGCCGAAACUGCGGCAACUGCUUCGAUCAACAAUGCUCAGCCAAGUCGCUACCCCUCCCCCACCUCGGCAUUAUGCAGCCCGUCCGCGUCGACGACGGCUGCUAUGCGAAACUCAUGGAUCGGUCGGCCAAGGGAGGUGCCGCACCACCCUCGCCGCUGCCGCAAGACCGAUCUCCCACCUAUCCCUACAAGACUCGAAGCACAUCGGCCAUGCAACCCCGUAACGCCCGUGUCGACGACGCAUUCGACGAAGACUUGAAGAAGGCGCUAGCUAUGAGCUUGGAGGAGGUGAAAGGCUACUCUCAGGGCUACAUUGCACCUACGGCCAAUGGUCCUUCGGGUCCAAAGGUGAACGGAAGCUCUGCGCCUGCAGUGUCUUCCGGCGCAGAAGAGGAAGACGACGACCUCAAGGCUGCCAUUGCCGCUUCGCUAGCUGAUAUGGAGGAGCAGAAGCAGAGACAUGCGGCAGUCUUGAAGGAGCACACCUCGAGUGCUGGGCCGAACCCUACGCAGCAGUUUUCCCUGCCCAAGAAUGACUACGAGCUUACACCGGUUGAGGCUGAGAACAUCAACCUCUUUGCAACUCUCGUCGAUCGCCUGCAAACGCAACCCCCAGGCACCAUCCUGCGCGAGCCCCAAAUCCAAGAACUUUACGAUAGCAUCGGCACACUGCGGCCUAAGCUUGCCCGUACUUACGGCGAGACUAUGAGCAAGCACGAUACGCUACUCGAUCUGCAUGCUAAACUCUCCACCGUUGUCCGCUAUUACGACAGAAUGCUGGAAGAGCGCCUGUCCAAGGCAUACAGCCAGCAUGCUAUCGGAGGAGGAUAUAAUCUCCCCCCUCGUCAGUCUGGCGCUUAUCCUACACUGCAAGGCAGUGCACCUGGGGGUGCCGGUCCGGCCGAGAACUUCUAUACCGGAUCACAACAGAUGGAUUACGGUCAGGCACCGCCACCCCAAGCCUACGCUCAGCACCCGCAGCACACUCCACAACCUCAAUAUGCGACUUUUGACAAGCGUGCUUCUAUGGCUGGUCCGCUGGGAGGACCGUACCCUGGCCAGGAGCCUCAAACGACGGAUAGCUGGAGAAGCGGAGCUGGUCCCGUACCUGACGGCCAAUACGCGCCUCAUCAGCCCUAUGCUCCAAGCGAGCCUCCCCAAGCAAAUCACCAGAACCAGCCAGGUCAGCCCCCAGGCACACCCUCGACGGAUCCUAAUGCUUCUUACUACUUCAACCCUCAGCAGCCCAGCGCACCUCCUUCUGCUCCGCCGAAUGCUGAUCCCAAUCCGUCCCCGUACCCGAAUCUUCAGCAGCCAAUGCAAUACCGACAGCCCAUACCACCCCAACAAACACCUACCCAAACACCUGCUCAGCCGGCACAGCCCACGCAGCAACAGGUCCCGCCCCAGCAACAAAGCUACUGGCAACCGUCAGUACCGCAGCAAUCGGCGCACCCCCAACAGCAUUGGCAAGGCCAGUACAACAGCGGAUAUACCCAGGAAUCAUUCCCUUCUGCUCCGCAAAACGCGCCUAAGCAGCCAGCAGUGGAGGAGAGUCUAAUUGAUCUUUAAAAGAGAGGAGAGUAAUCAGGAAGCAUGCAGGCCAUCGGUUCUCGGCGUUUCAGGGUCAGGGAGAGCCCAACACUAGCAUCUUCAGACUUGAGAAUGAGCUGUAAAAUGAAACUUUUUAUUGGAUCACAUUUACUAUUCAAUGUGUGGCUGUGAUGUAGGGAACCUGUCCCAUCUAUCGACUCAGGUCAGAGAUCCCAAUUCAUCUUUAUUUCCAUAAC